AUGGGCCUUUACAAGAAGCUUCCGGAUGAUGUCCACGAGGUGGACGUAGUUAUUGCGGGUGGCAAGCGGCACAACUGCCUGCGUUGUUGCCUCACGGCUAGCGGCUGCAUUCCCCGACAUGUCCAUCCUGGUCAUCGAAGGGGGUCAGAACAACGCCAACAUUGCAACCAUUACGCACCCAGCUUACUUUCUAGCGCAUCUUGCACCUGGCAGCACGACGAACCUCUUCUACAAGUCGAAGAUGUCUCCCUCCGACUUCGACUCUUGGGGUGUCCCUGGAUGGUCGGGGGAGGAUAUGUUGCCCUAUUUGAAGAAGGUAGAUUCUCUCCCUUGUUGGCCCUGCUCUCGAGCAUUGAAACGUUUGCUGAGACCCCCCUGGCGCAGAUUGAGACGUACCAUGGAAAGGACGAGAAGGGAGUCCAUGGCCACGAGGGCCCUAUUCAUGUCUCCCGCGGGUCUUACAACUCCAAGAGACUCGAGGAUGAAUUCAUCACCUCAGCUGCAAAGGCGGGGUGGCCCGAAGUCCAGGACGUGCAAGACCUGGAGACCGUGAACGCUGUUGGGCGUUCGUAUCGCUAUAUAUCUCUAGAUGGAAGACGGCAAGACGCAGCGACAUGCUAUCUCCACCCUCUCUUGAACGGCGGCAAGCACCCCAACCUGCAUGUCCUGGUCGAAUCACAGGUCACGCGGAUUCUAUUCGAAAAUAAAAGAGCCGUUGCUGUCGAGUUUAGGUCGAAUCCGACCUUCGGCGGUGAUGCGAGCGAGACCAGGACCGUCAAAGCCCGGAAACUGGUCGUUGCGUCGUGUGGAACCUGCGGCACGCCUUUGCUUCUAGAGAGGUCGGGCGUCGGCGACCCCAGAGUCUUGGAAGCAGCUGGCGUCCCCCUUGUGGCGCCGGCACCAGGUGUCGGAAAUGGUUACGAGGACCACCAUUUGCUGGUUUACCCGUAUCACAAUUCCUUGGAUGCCACCGACACCCUCGACGCUCUCGUGUACGGCCGCAUGGGCAGUCCGGAGGAGCUGAUCAAGGAAGGCCACCCAAUGCUAGGUUGGAAUGGCCAAGAGGUCCAGGGAAAGGUCCGGCCGACGGAUGCAGAGGCUGCUGCUCUGGGCCCCGCGUUCAAGGAGGCCUGGGACCGGGAGUUCAAAGACCACCCUGAGAAGCCUAUCGCCAUCUUCACCGUGCUCGGCGGGUUUCCUGGAGACCCGAGCCUGGCCCCCGGCGGCCCUGGGUUGGCUAUCUCGGUCUUCACAGCCUAUCCCUUCUCGCGGGGUCACAUUCAUAUCACGGGACCGCAGAUCGAAGAUCCAAUCGACUUUGAGACUGGGUUCUUUGACGACGACGGUGGACUCGAUGUCAAGAAGCAUGUGUGGGCCUACAAGAAGCAGCGGGAGAUCAUGCGACGCAUGCCCUCUUAUCGCGGCGAGAUGGCCGUUUUGCACCCGCCCUUCGCAGCGAGUUCCCAGGCCGCGAGCAUCCACCUUGAAAAUGGGCCACUCCCCACCGAGGUGCCCGAUAUCGAGUACACUCCCGAAGACGACGUUGUGAUAGAAAAGUGGCUACGGGAGAACGUUAGUACCACUUGGCAUUCCCUUGGUACCUGCAAGAUGGGACCGCGCGACCAGAACGGCGUAGUUGACGCCAACCUUGGCGUCUAUGGGGUCGAGGGCCUUAAGAUCGCCGAUAUAAGCAUCGUGCCGCGGAAUGUUGCCGCCAACACGAACAACACGGCCUUGGCGAUUGGCGAAAAGGCCGCCGAUAUCUUCAUCCAAGAACUCAGCAUGGGCUUGAACUAA